AUGAGUCCCAAGCGCCAGUCCUCCCCCAUCACCACCCGCGCCUGUCAGUUCUGUCGGGUCCGUAAGAUUCGCUGCGACAACCUCAAGCCCACCUGUGGCUCCUGCCAGCGUCAUGAUCGCCCGUGUGUCUAUGUCGUCGACCCACCCCGGCAGAGACCCUCGCGCGCCCUCAUCAACGCCGCCCAUCGCCAGCGACGCGCCGCCGAGAGUGUGCUGGUGGCCCUGAAGAUGGCGGACCCGAGUGCCCGCGCCGCCCUCCUGGACGCCAUCCAGGUCAAGGAUGGGGCCCUACUGCAACUGCCCCCAACCGCCACGCUCCCCUCCGCCUCCGCAUCUUCAUCCGCAUCCUCAUCGGCAUCCGCAUCAGCAUCCGCAUCCGCAUCCGCCCACGACGAGGAGUACGAUCCCACCACCUUCCUCUCGCGCGACGAGUGCGGCACCGUCGGCAUCUUCGGGCCCUCGUCGGCCCUGCACGCCCGGAGUCCCGCCGGCCUGGCCGACGGGGGCCCAGCAGCGGCCGAGCCGGAUCGCUACCAGCUGAUCGCCGAGGCAGCACUGCAGCGCCAGCGUGAACCGGAUCUGCGGCGGUUGGCGUCCAUCGGCGGCAUCCCGGCCGAGCUGGCGCUGCAUCUGCUCGACCUGCACUGGAACCGCCAGCAUCACACCUUCCUGGUCACCUACCGCCCCGCCUUCAUGCGCGACCUCGUCACCGGCGGCCCCUACUGCUCCGACUUCCUGCUCAGCGCCGUCUUCGCCUGCUCCAGCAAGUUCUCCGAGCGCCUCGAGGUGCGCGAGGACCCCCGUCGGCCCGAGUCGGCCGGCAAGCAGUUCUUCGACCGCUGUGACCGGCUGCUGGCCGAGCAGGCGCUGCUGACGCACUCCAGCAUCCCCACCAUCGCCGGCCUGCUCAUGCUGGGCAGCACCUUCAACGCCCGCGGCCAGGUGUCCAAGGGCUGGCUGUACACGGGCUUCGCCCUGCGCAUGGUCUACGACCUGGGCUUGCACCUGGACUGCCGCGAGGUGGCCGCCAGCCCCGAGGACAUCGAGGUGCGCCGCCGCGUCUUCUGGGCGGCCUUCAUCUGCGACAAGCUGCAGAGCCUGUACUUCGGCCGCCCCUUCACCAUCCAGCUGCGCGACGCCCACGUCUCGCGCGACUUCCGGGACACCUUCGAGGAGAACGAGCUGUGGGCCCCCUACGUCGACCCGCAGAAGCCCGACCGCUACGCCCGCCCCCAAGCCCCGACGCGCAUCCAUUCCGUCACCGUCUUCCAGCAGCUGUGCGCCCUGUCCAAGAUCAUGACCCGCAUCAUCGACCGCUUCUACAUGGCCGGCGCCCCGGCCCCCCAGCCCCAGCCCCAGCCCCGCCCGCACCUGGACCGCAUCGACCGCCGUUUGGCCGCCUGGUACCGCAAGCUGCCCGCCGAUCUGCAGUUCGAGCCGUGGGCCGACGACGGCCGCGGCCCGCCGCGCAUCGUCGCCCCCAACGCCAUCAUCCUGCUGACCACCUACCACGCCCUGACCAUCCUGCUGCACCGCCCGUUCGUGGGCAGCGGGCCCCUGCGCGUCGAGGGCCCGCCGGCGGACUCGUGGGAGCGCUGCCUCACGGCGGCGCGCAACAUCACCAGCCUGGCGCUGGCGUACCGCGCCGCCUACUCGCUGCGGCGCGCCAACUACAUGCUCAGCUACGCCGUGUACGUGGCGUGCACCAUCCACGCGCGCAACCCGGCCAUCCGCGAGAGCACGCGGCGCCACGAGGCCUCGUCGCCGCUGACGGUGUGCCUGCGCUGCCUGGACGAGCUGGCCAUCCCCAACUGCGGCGUGUCGGCGCCCGCCCAGAUCAUCCGCCGGCUGAUGGAGGCCAACGGCAUGUCCGUGCCGACCGGUAUGUCCCUGCCCGGAGCGACGGCCGGGGGAGUGUCACUGACGGUGCCAGGCUGCGACCCGGCCACGCAGGACCCCUUCCAGGUCGACAUCAACCUGGACUUCCAGACGUUUCCGGGGCUGGACUUCAGCCCGGGCCGCCUGGAGCACGACAGCCAGCUGUCGGGGUUCCAGGACUUCAACCACCAGGACCUGGAUCUGCUGUUCGGGUUCAUGAACGAGCCGGACGCGUCGAUCUUCAACGGGGGGGUGCCGUACGGGCCGUGAGGAGUACUUCUACUUAGACAUCUAGACGUGAUAGAUUCGAUUCCCUGUCCCCUGCCGGGCCCUCCCCUCCCCCUUCGUAUUUCUCCCCCGAGCUUCUUUGAAUGAAAAAUCACGAGACACAUGCAUUCAAUCUAAUCUGGGUCUCGAUACCACCCAGCCAGCCGGACAUUCCAAGAACCCGCUAUGUACAGCAACACCGCUCCGCACCCCCCUGAUUCCCUCCUCUACUCCAACACCGCCGGGUCCUCCUUGACGGCCUGGUCGUAGUACGGCUGGAACGCCAGCCACAUCUUGCUGGAGUUGCCACUCUUCUUGUGCGUCAUCUCGGCCUCCUCCUUCUGGAUGUACACCUUCUCCCAGCCGGGUCCGGCGGCGGCGUUGGCCAUCAUCUGGGCGUGGCAGCAGCGGUCCAGCGCGAUGAACAGGAAGGCGGCCUCGUCGACGGUGCGGCCGCAGGUGAUCAUGCCGUGGUUCUGCAGGAUGACGCUGCGACAGGUG